CCAGCUGAGGGUCGGCUGGUGUUCAGGAGCUAAAUUCGGCUAUGUGUUAACUGGGGCUUUACUGGACGUUGGUUGCAAAAUAUAUUUCUCAAAGGAGGAUCGACACGCCACGGUUUUUGAGCGAGAGGGACUUUGUGCCAAUACAGAAUACACCAACUCUGCCCAGGAGCUCUUCUGUGGUUCAUACAUGUACGGGCACCGAGGCCAGUACAGUGUAUUCGGUAUAGUCCAGCGAGUCCUCGGGCUUGUUCAAGUGUAGGAAGGUAUACAAUGGCAUCUGUGCGACAUGUGCGUUGUAUUAAGGACAAGUUCCGAGCGGAACUUGGGCGUUUUGUCCCGUCGUUGGUAACAACCUUGUACGACUUUGAGAACUCGGAACUGCGCCAGUCUACUUUCAACGACACCGGGAAAGUCAUCACGGACCCGAUCGGAUUCUUGAGGGAAAAUGGUGCUGAUUUCUCGGUGUACGGUGUUGACUUCAACAGGCGUGUGCUUGGGCUGGUCAAAGUCCGGGAUUUAGCUAUAGCUAACUCAAGUGAUGAACUUAAGAAGGUUCCAUUUUUCUUCAAGGCACAGCGGGAAAACACAGAGAAGCUCCUGACGAUACCUUUCGAUCUUCUACCUUCAAUAGCAACAUCACUUGAAGAAGCUAUCUCAACAGUCAGAAAUGUAUUCUUGUUUGACACUGGUCGGUGUGGUUCCACUCUUUUGUGCAAAGCAAUGGACGCAACAUCAGAAGUACAGGCAGUGUCUGAGCCCGAUGUCUACACCUCUGUCUUUGCGUUUCUUCAAAGCCACGACUUUGACCUGACCCCUGCAGCAGAGGAAGAAGCCAUCAUGGUCCUGAAGUGCAGUACCAUCCUACUCAACUUCUACUUCCUCAAAAACGAUCCCUCAAGACAAGUCAUCUGCUACAAACCCAGAAGCUGUGCGCUGUUCAUCGCCGAUCUCUUACAAAGGGCUGUUCCAAGUGCUAAGACGAUAUUCCUGUACAGAAACCUGCCUGGAUUCUUUGACUCUUGGGCAAGCGUGAUGUUCAGUGGAAGCUACUGGAGAUAUUAUAUCUCAACAGCCUUGAGAAUCGAUGUGUUCUAUGACAUUCCAAACUAUACCCAAAUGGAGCCAUCAUUAAAGUUCUUUACGGAGAACCACCGCUUAGUGAAGCAUCCAGCUGCAAGGGGUAUACCUUUCUUCUUGGUAUCAUCGUGGGUUCUGCGUAUGCAGAAAGCUUAUUACCUGAUCAACGAUGACCAGUCAAGCUUCUUCCACGCGAUUGUGACGUACAAAGAGUUAGUGACGCACAAGGAACGGGCCGUUCUUAAAGUAUUGAAAGAAAUCGGCGUCGACGUUUCUCCUGAAGAAAUCGUCAAGAUCAAGCAAGUGUUUGGUAAAGAUAGUCAGGAAGGUGCAGGUAUCCAGAGUGUGAGGAGAAAGGGUGAUAUAUCAAAGAAUACUUGGAUUGGAAACUGGGAAAGGAAGUUGUUCUAUUCGGUGAUAGAGUGUUUUUCUGGUGAUGUGUAUGGUCCAGAAUUCGUUCUGCAAAAUACCACGGUUGAGGUCUAGCUUGUCAUGAUAACAUCAUAUUGGUGGCAAGAUGACAGCGAGCUUAGGGGUUUCUGACAGGCAUAUUUUACCAAAUUUACUAAUUUCAGUAUGAAUUAUAGGAUUUCAUGGUUUUAUUGCUAGACCACACUUGUUUAUAUAUACCUGUGUAAUUUCAAGUUACAUUUCUGAUUACAUAUUCAUGAUUUAUGCUAAUUUGAUGACGCCAUGAGUGAAAAUCCAAGAUAGCGGACAAUAUCUUUAUCGGCGUUGAAUACAUGUUAUUUUUACUCAAAUUCCAGAUAGGAUUAAAAGGUUUUAGGGUUGGUACAAUAUUCUAGAUUGCCGCGCUGUAUCAUUUUUCUGAGGAUUCCAAUGAGUCUUAUUAACUUAUAUCACUUUUUAUCAAGAUAUGUAUUAUCCGCUGUUAUUCAAGAACUUCAAAGCAUCAUGUAUGCCAUUGACCAUAGUCACAAAGACGCUGUAUAAUGGUAGUGUAUCAGUAGUAUUUAUCAUAUAUAUGAAAAGCUUAUUUUGCUUCUAUUAUAACAUUUCAUUGAGGCACUUUAGGUUACAAGGUUAUGGAUCUAUAGUUAACAAAUUUAGUAAAUCUAGUUUGAUGUUUUAUACCAUCAGUUAUCUACUCGGCACUUGAUUGCACUUGUAGAACUAGAAGUGACACUUGCUAGGUACCCAGGACUGUAGUUGUAGAAGUGAAACUAGUUAGAUUGUUGUAAAAGUGGCACCAAUAAGAUAUACGUGUAGUUUGUUAGUGAUACCAGUCUACCACACUUUUUACUACGUCUUAAAUACAAGAAUGAAUGCCUUGUUGGCUAUGUUA